GGUCUGGGAUUAACACAACCAGGAAAAACCUGAGAGUUUUGUUUUCUUCCUUUGUAUUUUGUUUUAAACCAGUCACCGUGAAAAACCAAGUUAAUAAAACACAAUUUUCCCCCCUGUCAUAAUAAAUUCAUUGAAGCAGAAACAGGACAGAGCAGCCUUCACCACACAAGAACAUUAGGACGGCGUGAGACUUGGCUUCGUCUCUCUCGGCACUGCUGCUGUGGGCCAAUCACAGGCUUCGUCUCUCUCGGCACUACAGCUGGAGCAGGCAAUGUUCUCUUCGGCACACUCUGGGCUGUUGGAGAAGCUCUUCCACUACAUAGACCUCCACCAGGAUGAGUUCGUGCAGACACUGAAGGAGUGGGUGGCCAUUGAGAGUGAUUCUGUGCAGCCUGUGCCUCGUCUCAGACAGAAGCUCUUCCAGAUGAUGGCCUUGGCUGCAGACAAACUCCGGAACCUGGGAGCUGGGGUGGAGUCCAUAGACUUGGGUUCUCAGCAGAUGCCUGAUGGUCAGAGUCUCCCCAUACCUCCUAUCCUAUUGGCUGAGCUGGGAAGUGAUCCCGAGAAGCCAACUGUAUGCUUCUAUGGGCACCUGGACGUGCAGCCAGCUCAGAAGGACGACGGGUGGCUCACGGACCCCUACACACUGACAGAGGUGGAUGGGAAACUGUAUGGACGGGGAGCAACAGACAACAAGGGCCCCGUCUUGGCUUGGAUCAAUGCCGUGAGCACCUUCAGAGCUCUGCAGCAGGAUCUUCCCGUGAACAUCAAACUCAUCCUGGAGGGAAUGGAAGAAGCCGGUUCCAUCGCCCUGGAGGAACUCGUCAUGAGAGAAAAGGACCACUUCUUCUCCAGUGUGGACUACAUUGUGAUUUCAGACAACCUGUGGCUCAGCCAGAGGAAACCUGCACUCACUUAUGGAACCCGGGGGAACUGCUACUUCACGGUGGAGGUGAAGUGUAGAGAUCAAGAUUUCCACUCAGGAACCUUUGGUGGCAUCCUCAACGAACCAAUGGCUGACUUGGUUGCUCUUCUAGGUAGCCUGGUGGAUUCAUCAGGCCACAUCCUAAUUCCUGGAAUCUAUGAUCAAAUGGCACCUAUUACAGAGGGAGAAAAGACAAUGUAUAAAAACAUUGAUAUGGACCUAGAAGAAUACCAGAACAUCAACCAAGUUGAGAAAUUUCUGUUUGAUACCAAGGAGGAACUUCUGAUGCACCUGUGGAGGUAUCCGUCUCUCUCCAUCCAUGGCAUCGAGGGUGCCUUUGAUGAGCCUGGAACUAAAACAGUCAUUCCCGGCCGAGUCCUAGGGAAAUUUUCAAUCCGUCUAGUCCCUACCAUGUCUCCGUCUGUGGUGGAGAAACAGGUAACUCAGCAUCUCGAAGCUGUCUUCUCUAAAAGGAAUAGUUUCAACAAGAUGGCCGUUUCUAUGGUCCUAGGACUCCACCCAUGGACUGCAAACGUCAAUGAUACUCAGUACCUUGCAGCACAGAGAACCAUCAAAACAGUGUUUGGAGUUAAUCCUGACAUGAUCCGGGAUGGGUCAACCAUUCCAAUUGCCAAAAUAUUCCAGGCUAUCACACAAAAGAGUGUGAUGAUGCUCCCACUGGGAGCUGUGGACGAUGGAGAGCACUCUCAGAAUGAGAAGAUCAACAGGUGGAACUACAUACAGGGGUCGAAAUUAUUCGCUGCCUUUUUCCUGGAGUUGUCAAAACAGCAUUCAGGACACCAGAUGCCUUCCAGUGUCUACUGAUCCACGGGCAGCACUCCCACCUCAGACGCUGGACAAAGCAGGAGUUGGGAAAAUUCAGGAAAUAUGGAAAAUGAAAGGUUUCGAAGGCACAGACAGAUAUUGGAGAUGUUUUAACAGUCCCUCCGUCACUUAACUUCCACAAGUCACAGCUACCGAGACCGUUAGUUCCUGAAUCUACUGCAACAGGCUGGGGUAACCUUCUAAUACAGGUGGGGUGUCUCUUUAGUCAAUUAGAUUCUCACUUUCAAUUCCAUUGGCUUAACACUCCAGUUCACUUUCCAGUCCCAAGAACUGUGGUUCCCAAUCAUCGGACCCAGGGUCUCAGGACCCGAGUCAUCUUCACCUCUGUUCUCUUAAUAAUGGAAGUGUGGCUUCAACAACCGGCUACAGUGAUUUCCUUGUGGAUUCACUUUUAGAAGAGUUACUAGGGCAUGUCUCUGUAAUAACUUCUUGCCUCUCCUUCAUUUGUUCCCCGACACACACCCCCCCCCCGGAUUCCUGAACACUCUGAAGCUAAAUGAUCAAUAUUCAUAGCCUCACACCAUUUGGAAUCCUUGUGCAAAGAUGAUUUUUUUCUUUAAUUCCAAACAUCUUCAGCUUUGCCGUGAUCGAUGCCACCUGCUCAGCCCCUCUGACUCUCAUUCUUCCACCCCAUCAGGAAAGCCCCCUUCCUGCAAACUUGUGCACCCGCCACUCUACCAGAAAAAAUGCACCCUCAUGGAAUUUCUCUCACCCCUUUGGAAUUUUGCUCAAUGAGUUUAUCUGAAUUGCUUAAGGCUUUUAACAGCGCCAGCAUCAGAUGGAGAGCUAAUCAACCCUGACAUCAGCAAGACAUUCUUGAUUUAAAGCUCUCAGCUAAAUCUGCAUCCAUUAAUCAUUUUAGUUAACUAUCUUGUUUGGCUUGAUUGAGCUUGAUGGUGUGAACAUUACAAAGAGGUAUUUUGUUUUUUACAGUCAAGUGUAUAUAAAUAAUCCAAUUCUUAUAAAUUGGUUACUCAAAUCAUGCUAAUAGAAAAGACUUUGAAGGUUUAUUUUAAAUGCUUCUCUUAUGGUUCCAAAUAAAAACAUUCCAUAACUUG